AUGCUAGCCCACGUCACGCGAAUGUACGCCAUCUUGAAAUCUCACGCGAGAGGAGUGAGGCGUGAAGUUAUGAGGUGUGAGGCGAGGCUAGAGGUGUGGCUAAAGUGUCCUAAAGUGUUAAAUGUGAAUGCUUGUUACACCAGCCCCCUCACAUCUCCAGUCACACCAAUCAUACCAGCCCCACACAUCAAUCGCACCAGCCCCUUAAACCACCAAUUCGCCAAUCACACCAGCCUCACACCAAUCCACCAGUUCCACACUAACAAUUCACCAAUCACACCAGCCUGUCAUACCACCAAUCCCUCACACCAGCUCCACUCGCUAACAAUUCACCAAUCCACCAAUAACACCAGUCUCUCACACUACCAACCCCCCCAGUCGCACCAGCCCCUUAAACCACCAAUGCCCUCACACCACCAACCCCCCAAUCACACCAGCCUCUCACACCACAAUCCCACCAUCCCCUCACACCACCAAUCCCCCAAUCACACCACCAAUCUCCCACUCACACCACCAGUUUCGUAUAUGAAGACCAAAUAUGGACUGCAAGAUCGCAAAUUGAAAUGUCUUGUUAUGUUUGAUGACAGUUUGAUGAAGCAGAUUGGAGCUCCAGCAGAAAUUUUAAGUGUUGAUACUGGCAACAGUGGAUGGAUGUGCGACAUAUACAUUGAUAGACAUGCCACUUACUCUCGCCCUCCCAUACAGUCUACAAAUAGUCUGCACUUACCUCCAACCUAUCUGCACCUCUCACCCACACCCUCCACUUACUCCCUCUCGCCCUCUACACCCACCUUCGCCAACCCGCCUCCACAACCACCCACCUUCAAUCGCUGCCGCCACUCACAUCCUACACUUACCUCAUCGUUGCAAACCUCCACUCAUCUUGUACCCCUCCCCUCACCAUCUUGCUCCCCUACCACUCCACUCAGCCUUACCUCUCGCCCACAUCGAACCCACCCUCAAAAUCACCAAUAUACCUCCUCGCCCACACCCCACCUCCACUCAUCGAUCCUCGUCUUGCCCAUCCAACCUACAACCCCCUGCAACCACAUACACUCCAACCAUAACUCAACACCCUCUUGCCACCUCCCACCCACACUACCCACAUUACCUCUCGCCUCCUCACACUCGCUCAACCCAUACCUCCACCCACCCAACGUGAGCCCCCCCAUCAUCUAUACCCCAAAAUCAUAA